UUACUAUCUGAAAACCCAUAAAUUGGUAAUUGACCCACCGAGAAGGCGUCCCAUGCCCUAACACUUCACCUAGCUUUGGUGGUGCUCGCUUGACGGUGCUCUGUGGCCGGAAACCUCACCAUUCUAACCUCCGAUUCGUACGUAAGGAAGAAGAAAAGAGAAUUUCUGGUCAGUUCUUUGAAUCUUCAUCUUCGGCGACCAUGAAGUUUCGGUAUGCAAUGGUGUGCUCUUCGAACCAGAACCGAAGCAUGGAAGCUCAUUCCAUCCUCAAACGACAGGGCUUUGAUGUGUGUUCUUAUGGAACUGGUGCCCACGUUAAGCUCCCUGGGCCCUCCCUCAGAGAACCCAAUGUCUACGAUUUUGGAACUCCCUACAAACAGAUGUUCGACGAUCUUCGCAGAAAAGACCAAGAACUCUACAAGCGAAAUGGGAUUUUGCCAAUGCUUAAAAGGAAUUCAGCAGUAAAAUUGGCACCUCAACGAUGGCAAGACAAUGCUGCUGAUGGAUCCUUUGACAUCGUUUUUACAUUUGAAGAAAAAGUUUUUGACAUGGUUGUUGAAGAUCUCCACAACAGAGAUCAUGUUCUAAUGAAAACUGUGUUGAUUAUAAUGGAGGUGAAAGAUAACCAUGAGGAGGCUGCCAUUGGAGCCAGGCUUACUUUAGACCUUUGCCAGGAUAUUGAAGCAGCUGAAUCAUGGGAGGAGUCCAUUGAUGACAUUGUUGCCGCUUUUGAGAAACAACACCGGCGAAAGCUGUUGUACAGCGUCUCCUUCUACUAAAGAAAGAGCCAAAGCAGGUCAUCUCAUUCUCACCAUUGCCCUUAUAAAAUUUUGCCCUGUUGGAGUUCCCUAGUGCCAAUUCAUUCUCACUGAUCAUGCCGUGAACGUGAAGAAGAGAACUAAAAGUUGUACACAUUAUUUAAAUUUGACUUGUAGAUUCAUUUGGAAAGAAGACUAAUGAGUACUGAGUAAUUAUAUGCAUUAAAAUUUAAAAAAAAGGUUACGUUGCCUACUUGUUCUGACCCCGUCAUUUAGUUUGUUUCAGGGAGGAGUGCGAAUACUCCCAUUGGCCGACAGGUAUUUAGGAACUUGUAGUCAAGGAGUCGGUUGGUGGUGUUUGAAUUUUGCUGACAGCAUGUUGUGGUUGAUUUUGAUAACUUUGUAUCUUCAGUGACUGGUUAAUUAGGAUGUAAACAGAACGGGUUGCAAAAUGUAGUCUUGUAAAUGAGAACUAUUUUUUUAUCUUUAAAUUAACAAAUCUAGUUGGGAGCGUUA